AUGCAGUUCACCGUCGUCAUCGUCUCUUUCCUCGCCGCCACCGGCCUGGCCUACCCCAGCGACAACGUCAUGGCCCGCGACGAGCAGACCGUCGCCGUCGCCGAGGUGCAGAACUCGAUCGAGUUCGCCGCCGCCGCCGAGUCGUGCAACGUCCUCAAGUGCGCGGCCAUCGUCGCCAAGGGUGCCAUCUGCAUUGCCCCCGCGAUCCUGACUCGCAACCCGGCCAAGGUCAUCGGCUGCGUUGCCGGUGGUGCUGGAGCCAUCUGCCCCUGCGGCGGCUGUGUCCCCAAGCUCAACGACUUCCUCGACGAGCACGGCGUCUGCUAA